UUCAACACCCUCUUGCGGUACAUUUGCGCGCAUAAACAUGUACGGAGAUUCGGUCCACCGCAGGCACUUGAUAUGGAAAUAAAAAUUACAAGUAAAAACAGCAACAAAUUGAUUACAAAAAAGUAGUAUGAAAACGGAAAUUGUUACAAAAAAGGCAAACGCGUAACAAACUGUGCGACAAUUGCGAAAAUAAAAAUCGCAAAUACGUGUACAAGUGAAUAAAUGAGUGAAUAACGUUCGUCGACGUGAACGUGCGUGUUUCAUAAACCCCAAAUAAAUUGUGACUCGUGUGAAAAUCCGGGAAAAUGCACAUCUCAAGUGAAGUGAGUUCAACCACGAAUCAUCAGCAGCCACCGCCCGCUAGCGGUGCGCCGUCGAAACGUCAAGCCACUAAUGCUAAUAACCAUACAAAUAACAACAACAACAACAAUAAUAGUGUUAAUAAUAAUAAUACGAGCGGCAGUAAUAAGAAAGUCGUCGAUACGAGCCCAUACCUAACACCGGAGAAUCUCUUCGAGCGUACGGUUGAUGUGUUGCUGGCCGAACAUCCGGGAGAAUUGGUGAAGACCGGCUCACCGCAUGUGGUCUGCACAACGUUGCCCACGCAUUGGCGCUCGAACAAAACGCUACCAAUUGCCUUUAAAGUGCUCGCCUUGGGCGAGGUAAUGGACGGAACGAUUGUAACAAUACGCGCGGGGAACGAUGAGAACUUCUCGGCGGAGUUGCGGAAUUGUACGGCCGUUAUGAAAAAUCAAGUGGCCAAAUUCAAUGAUUUGCGCUUCGUUGGACGCAGUGGACGCGGCAAAAGCUUCACCCUGAGCAUUGUGAUAUCGACGAAUCCCAUACAGAUCGCCACCUACAACAAGGCGAUCAAGGUGACGGUGGAUGGUCCGCGCGAGCCACGCUCCAAGGUGCGUCAUCCGGGUUUUCAUCCGUUUGCCUUCGGACCGCAGCGUUUCGGACCCGGUGAUCCGUUGAUGGGUGGACUGCCGUUUAAGUUUCCAGGUUUCGCACACCAUCUCGUCGGCAUGCAUAGUCACUUGCAUGCGCCCGAUUGGCGGGCGUUGAGCAACCCAGCGGCUUUGGCGCGACCGGCCUUUGCGCACGGCGCAGCAUUCUUUCAUCACCAGCAUCCCGCUUUCCAGGCGCACAACAUCGUUGGCAAUUUGGAACGGCAUGGACUGCGGGCGCUAAACGAAACCCAUCCUCAACUAACACAACUGCGCCAAUUAUCAGCGGCACAUAGCACCACCAGUCCCGAGGGUUCGCCGACAACCACAACAAUUAAUUUGGGCACACAACCGACAUUAACCAUAUCGCCGCCUUUGACCACGACCAACAGUGACAACGAUAACAAUAACAAUAUAGAUGCGGGUUUCGAAAGUGAUAGCAUUUCGGUGACGGGCUCGUCCAAGAAGACGUCCUCUUUGCACGAAGACGACGAUGGACGUAGCACUUCACCACCAUCGAAUAGCGGUUCCGCCAGUGGUGGUGGUGCCUUCACAUCGCUCAUACAACGUAACGAAACGCUGCGCAAAAAUGAACUGCUCAAUGGCUUCGCAUCACAAUUCUCACCCGCAGCGAAUAGCUUCAAUCCCGCUUUGGCGGCACAGCUUUUCCUACAGAAUCCGCUUUUGCCGCAACCGAGUCAAUGGCUGUAUACGCAACUGUAUGGCAACUACAGUGAGUUUCCCUGGUUUCGUGGCGCCGGUACUGCUGUUGCUGAUGGCCUAACGUCAUCUGUACCCGGUACGGUAGCAGCCGAAGUGCCGAAUGUAACGAGUCUAACAGCCACGGAUGGCGCUAGUGAUGGCGUGAACUUGGUAAAGCGUUGCGUAACGUUAAUCUCGCAUUCACCCGGUGUGGAUAAUGCGAAUCCGAAUGAUUCACCGCCCGUUACCUCAACGCGACACUCACCAGCGCUUGUCGAGACCAUCGAUCUGGACGAUGUGAGCACCACAUCACGUACUGAGCUGUGGCGCAGUGAGUUCGGACCGAUACGUUGCCGUACACCCAGAGCGACGGACGUGUGGCGUCCAUACUAGCGGCUGCGUAACGCCAUGGUGACGGCGUUGGGCUUGCAAGUGCUCGUAGAGCAGAAAGUUGAGACUCACGAAGAACUGCUGCUCGACACGAAGCAGUGAUAUUGAGUGUUUCGGGUGGAGUAGUGCACCGGUUGAUUGAAAAGUGUAAUGAAGGAAGAGCAGUUAGUUUUCAUAUCGUAUUUUAGCGCAUGCCAGUUGGCGGUGAGGUGACGAGGUUGCGAGAUUUUAAGCUGAUUUCAUGUAAAAUAAAUAUGUAAUUAAAAAGUUCUAGAAAUGUACUCGCUUAGAGUAUGUAAAUGGUGGAGAAAUUUAACGUUUUAUAAAACGAAGAAAAUCACAUAUCGAAUUUAUUAAAGCAAGUAAUGUAAAAUCAAUAUAAACAAAUUAUAUUACCGUUAUUAUUAAGAACGUAAUCAAAAUUUCACUCUAACUGUUAAGUUAAGUUUUAAGUUUAAGCACAUUUGAGUCACGUGUACAUGUAUAUAGAAGGUCUAUUAUGUUUUGUAAUUCUAGUCUAGAAUGCAUACAUAAGCAUUUCAAGUACAUAAUGUGGCAUAUGUACAGUUAUAUGAAGUAGUAAUGUAAAAAUUUUAAAUUAUAACGAUUUCAUAAGUAUCUCAUAGUGCCGUUAGCUGCUGGAGUAACCCAGUUCGCUACGAGCAAUAGUUUAAGGUAUUCUGUUGAUAUUUAUAAAAAUACAAAACUCAAAAGAUCCAAUAAAUAUAUAUAGAUUUCAAGCAAGCCCCAUUCU